CGAGUCCGAGCCGGGCCCGCCUCCCGCGCGGCGUCCACCUCUCCGGCCAGGCCCCCUCCUGCGGGAUGGCCACGGGGCCGCCGCCGUCGCUGCUCUGCACGUGGCCGCCCGGCUCCCGACCGCCUCGCUUCGUGUGCUACUGCGAGCAGGGGGGCAGCGGGGACGGGGCCCGCGGCGGCUUCAGCCUCCACGUGACGGACGCGGCCGAGCUCUGGAGCACCUGCCUCUCCCAGGACAGCCUGGCCGCCCUUAAAGCCCAGCUCGGCCUGAGCGGGACUGAGGACAUCACCUCCCGGCUCAGAGCAGCCUGCCGGCAGCACACAGUGACUGUAAGCCUGCAAGAGGACAGAGCAUCCCUGACCCUCGGGGGGCCUUCACCACUGGCCUUUGACCUUGCCAAGGUUCCAGGGCCAGAGGCAGCCACCAGGUUGCAGAUGCUGACUCUGGGCCUGGCAGAACGUGUGUGCAGUCUGGAAAGGCAGCUUGCAGUUGUAGAAGAGACAGCUGCCAGCCCCAGGAAGAGCCCUCGAACAGCAGGACCUCAGUUCUUCCUGCCAGAUUCUGAUCCACAGAGAGGUGGCUCUGGACCUGGGGUCAGGAGACGGUGUCCCGGGGAGUCCCUCAUCAACCCUGGCUUCAAGAGGAAGAAACCAGCUGGUGGAGUCAACUUUGAUGAUCUCUGACGGUGUGACCUUGUUAGGAGUCUGUGAGAGGAGAGAAGCCUAAGACCCCAGCACCAGAGACUCUACCUCCACUGGCCAGUCCUACUGGGCAGGGCCAAGGCUGCCCCUCGGGUCUCAUUCCUAUCAAAUAAAUGGCUCCCUGGGGUGGA